AUGAAUAAUAUGUCGAGCCUCGCCGGCAACCGGAUGAGCACGCCCGAGGCCAGCCAACCCUCGUCCCUCCGGCCGCCCUCGUCCCGUGCCAUGGUUGGCAAUGCCCACCUCCGAGCAUCCGCCGAUAUGGCUGCCCUGUCGGGCACAAAUCCGUCUAGCCGCAUACGUCCGUCGUCCGACUUUUACGGACAGCCGCAGCCGCCUCCGCCCCCGGCCAUAGGCGAGCUCGACCCCCAGGACAAGCUUGCCCAGGAGUGGAUCGCCGAUAUCGAUCAGUACGAGACAACGCUGGAGGAGAUGGCAGCAGCUACGCUGGACCAGGAUUUCAAGGACGAGCUGAGCGCUAUCGAACAGUGGUUCCGCGUGUUGAGUGAGGCCGAGCGGACCGCCGCGCUGUACGCCCUGCUGCAACAAACCACACAAGUUCAGAUUCGUUUCUUCAUUCAGGUGCUGCGGCAAAUGGGUAAGAACCACCCCAUGUCUGGUGUUUUGUCGCCGGCCAACUUUGACAAAGACCCCAUGUCGAACCGGUUAAGCGACGCGAUGAACAAGCUCAGUGUGGACUCUGCGAGAAAUUCCAUGGCGCGCAACUCGAUCAUGUCGGUCAAGCGCCAGUCCGGCCUGGACCCUUCGACCAUCAAUGCCAUGUUCCCCGAUGCCGCCGCCGCCAUUGCGACCGAGAAGGCCAAGUACACGCAGCAGACAGGAAACCCGCCCGUCUCCAACCGGAACAGUGCCAUUGAUCCGCGCAACUCGCUCGUUGCGCCGACAAUCUCUACCCCUGCCGAUGCUGCAGCGGCAGCCACUGCUCUGCCGGGGCCGUCCAACGGCCAGAACCCCACCUCACCAUGGGGCCCCUCCUCUUCGGCUAACCCUGCACAGCCGACUGUGACAUCACCAGGACAGCCACCAAUGGGCCAGUUCUCUCAGCCGCCCCCGUCCGCUGGUGGCCUCCGCUCUCCUCGACCGGCAAUGACGCUGUCACCACAGGCGAUCAACGCUGAUAAAAACGCCGACCUUCCUCUGUUGUCGCCCUACGGUGCCAGUGGCAACUGGGCAUCAAUGGUGAAUACGCCGAUGGUGGCCAACUUCAACCAACAGCAGCAGAGCGGGAACCAGGCCGACAUGGUCGCGAAUGCCACGGCCAUGAAGCUUGCUGCCCUGUCAACGGUUAACAACCGUGUUUUCCUCGACGAUGUGCGCAAGUACCGCCGUACUCGGUCGAACGAUGCUCCAGGAGCUCCGCAGAACCCGCUGUCGCCAAGUGCGCCGACGAUCCAGCUGCCUGGCGGUACGACGAAUGUUGUGAUGGUCAACGAACACGGCCAGAUUCUACGCACCGAGCCGAUGCUCGCUGUGCCUGGUCAGGCGCCGCUCGGCUUUGGUGCGCAACGCUCACGGCCCAACUCGCCCGGCAUAGCGAUGCAGGGCGGCUUUGGCGGCAUCCCCUUCACGUCCCCCCAGAACAAUGGCUUCUUGAGCGCCUACGAUGGCUCGGGGCUGAUGAACAACUCUCUGAACCUUGGUGGUAUGAACCUCGGCCAACUCGGCCUGGGCGGCCCGCCCGAGGGAUACCUCUCAGACCACUCAGACAUUAUCCGGGGCCGUUCUCCGCGCGGACGUCGCGGUAGCUCGAAACCUCCAGAGGACCCUACCGACCCUACGCUGCUGCAAGACAUCCCCAGCUGGCUGCGUAGUCUGCGUCUGCACAAGUACACAGACAACCUCAAGGACAUGCAGUGGAUGGACCUGGUCGAACUGGACGACAAGCAGCUUGAGGAGCGUGGAGUGAAUGCGCUUGGCGCUCGGCGGAAGAUGCUCAAGGUAUUUGAGCAAGUCAAAGGUUCGCAGUGCUCGGAUCCCCCGGCCCGUAUCACAUAG